UCUUACGUCACGUCACGUCACGUGCCCAACGGCGGCGAGGCGGCGAGGCGGCGGAGUUGCAGCGCUUGGUGAGCCUCAUGGCGGUUUCCUGGUGCGGCCGGGGCGCAGGUCCCUCGAGGUCGUGGGUCCUGAGCUGUCGUCUGCUGCUGCUGCUGCUGCUGGUGUUGUGGCUACCACUGAGCUCGGGUGACAAAGAGAACAAAACCAUACCAGUCUGUAGUGAACCCUGGUGGUCAACGGAAUUGGAUGUGACCCACCGCCACUGGCCCUGGGAGGUGAGCCUUCAGACAGAGAAUGAGCACGUGUGUGGAGGGGCCCUCAUUGCCCCCGUCUGGGUGGUGACUGCUGCCCACUGCAUCCAGAGCACUAAAGAGUACUCAGUGGUGCUCGGCACCUCCCAGCUGCAGCCCUUGAACCCCAGGAGGAUCUUCUCAGUUCCUGUGAGGGACAUCAUUAUGCACCCCAAGUACUGGGGCCGGACCUUCUUCAUGGGUGACAUCGCCCUUCUCCGUCUUCAUGUUCCCGUCACCUUCAGCAAGUACGUGCAGCCUGUCUGUCUCCCUGAACCCACUUUCAACCUGAAAGUAGGGACACAAUGCUGGGUGACCGGCUGGGGCCAGGCCAAGCAGCACUUCACAGGCAACUCCACGCUGAGCCCAGAGCUGCAGGAGGCCGAGGUGUUCGUCAUGGACAACCAACGGUGUGAUAAGAUUUACCGCAAGCAGUCUCUCUUACCCCGAGUUGCCCACCUCAUCCUGGGAAACAUGAUUUGUGCCACCAAUUAUGGACAAAACUUGUGCAAUGGGGACUCUGGGGGACCAUUGGUUUGCGAAGUUGAGGGAAGAUGGAUUCUGGCAGGGGUGUUGUCCUGGGAGAAAGCUUGUGCCAAAGCAGAGAAUCCAGGAGUGUUCUCUCGCAUCACCAAGUACGCCCAGUGGAUCAAGAAGCAGAUGAAUAGUGACGUGCUCUCAGCUCCCAGCUGCACCUCCUCUUGGCUCCUGUUCCCCACCUGGCUGCUUCUCCCCACCUUACCCUUUGUGUUCUGCAUCUGCUGGAUGGCAUCCAUGGAGGUUUGACCAAGGUCAUGUGUUCAACUUAGCAAAAAGUUGGGAAGGGGAAGAUGUGGCCCCAGGGGACUUGGGUCCUGUUUUGGCAUCCCAUUAUGGACAGGUGUGGUGGAUGACUGGGCCAGGAGACUUGGAGAAAGGGAAAGAAUGGGUCGGAGGGUUCUGGAGUCUGGAACCAGGAUAGCAGAGAUUAAAAUUGUGCAAAUAUGAGCUGGCUGUUUUUUUCUCUUCCCUGGAGUGGCCCUUGAAGAUGUGGGUGGGGGGGAAGCAGAGCUUUGUGAAAUUAAUUCUACCAGGAGACUUCAUGGGGUGGGGUGUGUAUGUGAUGUUCUUGGCUCCAUCUCUAUUGCUGGGCAUAAGAAAGGGGCCUGGGUCUCCAGCCUCACUUUCUUCAUCUGUAAAAUGGUGAUCUCAUAGAGGAGUAGUCAAAAACUGCUCUGCAGGCGGACAAUGGGGACAACCCACAGAAAGUGCUUCCAACUCAGCUUGCUUGCUCACUCUAUGUCUCUCUCUCUCUCUUUUUCUUUAAACUCAUUAUAAAAGCAAUGUAUGCUCAUUGUAAAUAGGAAACUAGUAAAGCCUAAAUAAGGGAAAUACCCCCUGGAGUUCCAGUACAUGGAGGUGCCCACUCUUCAUUUCAAUGAAUUUUCUUCUACAGUUUUUUGUUCUUUUUGGUACUGGUUAUAAAGCUCAGUACCUAUAUCCCCAGCCCUACAAUUUUAUUCUUAAAAAAUGGAAGAUUACAUGCACUCUCGAUACAUUCUUGUGAUUUACUAAAAAUAAUUAUCAGAAAUAUGUGUACGGAUCUUCCCAUCUGCCCCCACCACCAAUCCUGCUACCCUCUCCAGAAGUAAUCAUUAACAUGCUUAAAAAAUCUAUAACUUUUAAAAUAAAUGACACCUUAUAUAUGUAUUACUAAUAGCCCACAUUUUGCAAAAAGAUAAUUUGAAAGCCUUUCUAAUUUGACAUUAUUCUGCAUGUUCUGUGUGGUUUAGCCAGUGCCAGUUUUUGGGUAGCUUCUGGCUUUCAACCUUGCAGUAGCAUUCCAUGAACAUGCUCCUGAGUGUGUGGGGAGUCACAGUUCUGCGUGAAUUCUGUUAAAUCCACCCCCCCUUGGAAUUAGUUGAUCAUGU